AUGGGAGAAUCAACCGUUGCUUCUUAUAAUGAUCCUAUCACGAUCGAAUUAAUGGCUCAAGAUACAAUUGCAUUGAUUAAGCAUCUUGGAAUUAAAAGAUUUGGUUUGUUUGGAACAAAUAUGGGUGCUAGAAUUGCUCUUACUGUUGCCUUGAACCUUCCAUCUGAUUAUAAGUUGGAGAAAUUAGUUGUUAAUUCUUGUGCUCCUCGAAUUGACAUCACUACACCUACGUUUCAGAGAAUUGAAAAACUUUAUCAAUCGUCAGGCAAUCCUCUUCCCAAUAAUAUUCAGGACGAAAAAGAUAGACUUCUUAAAAAUGAAUUUGAUAAAGAUUUUGCUAAAUACCUGCUUGAACAUCCCGAUGUACUUGAUAAAAUUGCAGAGACCGUUGUUAACAAAUUCGAUAGCAGACCACUUGAAAUGAUGAAGCGUCAGUGGGAGGCGAUUAAAACUUGUGACCUGUUUCCAAGACUAAAAGAAAUUAAAGUUCCAACUUUGGUAAUUCAUGCAGAAAAUGAUACAUUAUUUUCCAUUAAGGAUGCUGAAUUACUUAAACAAGAACUUCCUAAUUCAAAACUUUAUAAUAUUCCUAACAUGGGAAAUAAUAUUUUUGUAAUGGAACGUGAAACUACUGCCAAUGUCAUUAGUGAAUUUUUGAAUAAUUAA